UAAACUUUUGUUCCAGACAGUUUGUGUCCUGUCUGAAACUCUGACGGUCAUGAAGGCUUCAGAACCUGGAAAUGUUACAGAAUUAAAUGACCUUCCUUUGGAUGCAAAGCAGAUUAAACCCUAUCUGCUGGAGCUGCGACACCGAGCAGAGAAGGAGCCUGUCAUUAAACCUCUCCUGAAUUUAUCUGAUAACUUUCUGAUCAGGUUUCUUCGAGCAAGAGAUUUUGAUGUGGAACUGGCACUGAAGUUAUUGAUUAAUUAUCAUAAAUGGAGACAAGAGUGUCCUGAAAUAAGUGCUGAUCUGCGACCGUCCUGCAUCAUUGGCCUUCUGAAAAACAACUACCAUGCGGUUCUCAGAUCCAGAGAUGCUGCUGGGAGCAGAGUGUUAAUUUACAGGAUUGGUCGGUGGAAUACGAAAGAAUUUUCAGCGUAUGAAGUUUUCCGAAUCAGUCUCAUCACAUCUGAACUGAUUGUACAGGAGAGUGAGACUCAGAGAAAUGGACUCAAAGCUAUUUUUGACCUUCAGGGCUGGUGUUUCUCUCACGCCUUCCAAAUCACACCUUCACUGGCAAAAAAGAUUUCCUGUAUCCUCACGGACUCAUUUCCGUUAAAAGUGCGUGGGAUCCACUUCAUAAACGAGCCCCGAUUCUUCCGUCCCGUGUUUACAAUGAUCAAACCAUUUCUGCCAGACAAAAUUAAACAGAGGAUUUAUUUCCACAGCAGCCAGUACACGACAAGCCUCGCACAGUUCUUCCCUCAGUCCAUUCUCCCGCUGGAUCUGGGCGGCUCAGGGCCAAGUGUGGACGAGCUGUGUGAGGAAUGGACUGAGAACAUCCUGCAGGCUGAGGACUACCUACAGGGUCUGUGCAUGGAGUUAGGAGGCAACUCAUCUCAGAGCUGAUGACAUCAUUGUCUUGCUGAUGUUCUGACUAAACUUCUCACUUUUACUAUAUUACAGAAAUGAGAAUUUACUAAAUGACUGCAUCUAUUUUACUGAGUUCAUUUAUAGCAACAUAUAUUUUGUUUUUUACAGUUUCACAGGUUCCUCCUUAAUUAAACAACGAAAACUGUCCAGUAAUAUCAUUUAUACUCAAUUUUUGUACCAAAUUUCAAUUCAAUUCACUCUAUUUGUAUAGCGCUAUUAACAAUGUUGUCUCAAAGCAGCUUUACAGAAGUAAAACAUAAUAAAAUGCUAUUUAUUUCUAACAUUCAUCCUACUGAGCAAGCCUGAGACAGCGGUGACAAAAACAAACAAACAAACAAAACAUCCCUAAGAUGAUAUGAAGAAGAACACUUGAGAGGAACCAGACUGUGAAGUGAACCUCAUCCUCAUUUAUAUGUAAAUAAUGUCAAUGUAAAUAAUUUCCUUUCUACAAGAGUUUACAGCUAACAAAUAGGAACUAAUAGGUCAGAAUAAAUUCUGAGCUCAUUACAGACUAAUUCUUUUCUGCCAAAGUCUUCAAAUGUUCACUGAUGAAGACCUGAGCACAAAGCUGACCAACACAAUGGUAGUUCAAAGACAGUGUGCUAGUCUUCAAGUGUUUUUAUCUACAACAAUCCCAUGGGUAAGUGUUUGUCCAUGCACCAUCAAGUAAUGAGACUCUAACCAGAAGUAGGGCAUCAGGAUGGAUCAGGCAGGU